UAUUAAACCACAUCAAAAUCUGAAAAUUUACAAAUUCAACCUUAAAAAUUCAACCUUCGUAAUGCAUUCGAACUACAACGAGAUGAGACUUAAUGGACAACUCUGCGACGGCGUCAUCAAGACUUCAGACGGAGGAAGAUUUUUAGUCCACAGAGUGGUGUUGGGCGCCUUCAGUCCAUACUUCAGGGCCUACUUCACCAACAGUCUGGGCCAAGAGGGGCGGGAGAUUGGAGAAAUGACGAUUGACGACGAACCAAAGGACAUCGUCGCCGCCAUUGUGGAGUGCGCCUACACCGGGACAUGCGCGGUGAACGUACACAACGCGCAGGCGCUCAUGGUGGCCGCCGACAGGUUCUCGUGCGAAUCUCUAGUCAAACAUUGCGCAGACUUCAUCGGGAAACAAAUCAGCUUUGAUAACUUUGCCAGCAUGCUCAGAUUCGCCAGGAACUACUUGUUUCGGGAUCUUGAGGUGAAGGUGUGGCAGUUCGGAUGGGACCAGAUGGAGGAGCUCAUGAAUUCUUCAGAGUUUCUCACCCUGACUGCUGACGAGCUCAGUGAGCUUCUCAGUGCAGACGAGCUCAACGUAAAACAGGAGGAGGUAGUUUUUGAAGCAAUCGAUCGCUGGAUUCGGAACGACCCAGAGUCAAGACGUCAUAGCCUUGCUCAACUCCUGAGAUCCAUCCGCUUUGCCCUUUUGUCUGGGGAAUUCUACAAUCAGCGAAUCAAAAACUACCCUUACAACACCGAGGAGAGUCUGGACCUGCUGCUGACGAUUGACACUCUGUUCGACAGUGAAAACGACUCGUUUUACUUCUACUGCCAUCACAGGCCGAGGAUACCCAAUGAGGUUGUCUUCACCAUUGGCGGUUGGUCGGACGGAUAUCCUACAGAUGCUAUUGAGACAUAUGACAAAAGAUCAGACAGUUGGUACUUGUCGCACAUGAAGGACCAGAAGAUCAGGGCGUACCACGGUGUGGUCGUGUUGGACAAACUGAUCUACAUCAUCGGGGGGUUCAACGGUUCCGAGUACUUCAGCACGAUGCACUGCUACGACCCGGUCACAUACAAGUGGACUGAGAAGGCAUGCAUGCACGAUGUACGCUGUUACAUAAGCGUGGCUACUCUUGGUGGUGAGAUCUACGCAAUUGGAGGGUACAACGGCCGCACUAGGCUAAAUACUGCGGAGAAAUACAACCCUCUGAUUAAUCAGUGGACCAUGAUAGCACCCCUGAACAAGAUCAGAUCCGAUGCCAGCGCCGCUUCUCUGUUCGGGAAGAUUUACGUGGCUGGAGGGUUUGACGGAGGCGAGGUGAUGCGCUCAGCGGAAGUCUACACUCCGGAAAGCGACAGCUGGCUCUUCGUAGACUACAUGACAGUGCCUCGGUCAGGUGUUAACCUCAUCUCUCACGGAAGCUAUAUCUACGCUCUCGGGGGAUACGAUGGAGUUAACAGACUCUACUCAUGUGAACGUUACAAUCCGGUCUACAACAGAUGGGACCAGAUAGCAGACAUGCAGAAUCCGAGAAGUAACCUGUCCAGUGUCAUAGUGGACAAUUCAAUUCUUGUCAUCGGUGGCUUUGAUGGUACCUCCACAGUGGCUUGUACGGAGUUUUACAACCAGGAGGAAGACAAGUGGUUUGAAAGCGCGUCUAUGAACAUCAACAAAUCGGCGCUAGCAGCGUGCGUGGUCCGAGGUCUGCCCAACGCAAAGAGCUACACAUUCCUGGGUAUCGGAGUCGACCCUGCAGUGGAGUCAGCCGGUGGUGAGUGGAUUGUGAUCAAAAUGUGACUAAGGAGCUGCUUUUCCCAAAAAAAGACUAAAAAUUCCUCCCAAUAUACAUCAUUGUUUGUGAUAUAUUUAAUUUAAAUUCCAUAGCAAAUAAGUACUUCUGUAAGUGCUGUAGACAAAAACAUCAUUUUCCCCAAAUGUUAUAGUAGUUCAAAAUUAUUCUUAUUAGUAGACAUCAGUAGAAAUUAUGUAUACUGUUAAUAUAAUUAAUAUAAGAAAUUUAAAAUCUGUAAAAAAUAGAAUUUCUACACUUGUAUACUAGUAAUAUUUUAAUGAAAUAUAUGGCAA